CCAACCAUACAUCACCCUAUCGGCUCAGCCUAACCAGUUCGGUAGCCGAACAGCAUGGUCCUCACUGAGGACAUACUACAAACACGUGCUACUACGUCAUGAAUGACUUGAGCGGAGGAGGACUCGAGAUGGAUUGCAGCGGAUGGCAUUUGUCUUCCGACUCUUCUUCGAUAUAGAAUCAGACCUCACCAACCAUUGACGAGCAAUGGAGGGCACGAUUCAAUGCUCAGCCAACUACGUCCCUCUGUCCCCAAUAAGUUUCCUGGAACGAUCGGCGAUCGUUUACAGAGACAGACUCUCUAUCGUGUAUGGGAAUCAUGUCAAGUACACCUGGAGAGACACUCUCCAUAGGUGUAUCAAGCUCGCUUCUGCUCUCACCCACUUGGCUGUUUCUUCAGGGGAUGUCGUUGCCGUGUUGGCCCCAAACAUUCCAGCAAUGUAUGAGCUACAUUUUGGAGUUCCAAUGGCUGGAGCAGUCCUUUGUACACUUAAUAUUCGUCAUGAUUCAGCAAUGGUGUCGGUGUUACUGAAGCAUUCAGAGGCCAAGGUCUUAUUUGUAGAUUACCAGCUUCUAAAUAUUGCUAGGGGAGCAAUAGAAAUUAUAUCUAAGACAAGCACCAAGCUGCCUCAUCUAGUCUUAAUUUUGGAGUCUGAUAAACCAUCCACCAGCAGCAGUAAUGUGGUCUCCACUUCUGGAAACUUGGAUUAUGAGAGUCUUUUAGCAACGGGAAAACCUGAUUUUGAGAUCAAACGGCCGAAUGAUGAAUGGGAUCCUAUUUCGCUUAAUUAUACUUCAGGCACGACAUCAAGCCCAAAAGGUGUCAUUUACAGUCAUAGAGGUGCCUACCUCAAUUCUUUAGCCGCUAUUCUUCUUAAUGAUAUAGCCACAAUGCCUGUAUAUUUAUGGACAGUUCCAAUGUUUCACUGCAAUGGCUGGUGCCUUACUUGGGCUGUGGCGGCACAGGGUGGCACAAAUGUUUGCUUGAGGAAUGUCUCUGCAAAGGGAGUUUUUGACAGUAUUGCUAGGUACCAAGUGACCAACAUGGGUGGUGCACCAACAGUCUUGAACAUGAUAGCAAAUGCCCCGGCUAGUGACAGAAACCCACUUCCAAGGAAGGUGGCAGUAAUGACAGGUGGUGCCCCGCCACCUUCGCAAAUACUUUUCAGGAUGGAAGAAUUAGGUUUCGGUGUUACUCACUCGUAUGGUUUGACAGAAACUUAUGGUCCUGGCACAGUUUGCACUUGGAAACCUGAGUGGAAUACACUGCCUCCUCAAACACAGGCAAAGAUCAAGUCCCGUCAGGGCUUGCACCAUCUUGGCAUGGAGGAUGUUGAUAUUAAAGAUCCGGUUACCAUGAAGAGUGUUCCGCCUGAUGCAAAAACAAUGGGUGAGGUUAUGUUCAGAGGCAACACUGUUAUGAAUGGGUACCUGAAAAAUGACAAAGCAACACAGGAUGCUUUUAAAGGUGGGUGGUUCCGAAGCGGGGACUUGGGGGUUAGACACCCUGAUGGUUACAUAGAACUAAAGGAUCGUUCGAAGGACCUUAUAAUUUCCGGGGGAGAGAAUAUCAGCACAAUUGAGGUGGAAUCUGUGCUUUUUACUCAUCCUGUGGUUCUUGACGCGGCAAUUGUGGGAAGGCCUGAUGAUCACUGGGGAGAAACACCCUGUGCAUUUGUGAAGUUGAAGGAUGGAUGUAAUGCCAGUGCAGAUGAAAUUAUUAAGUACUGUCGCGAUCGAUUGCCGCAUUACAUGGCUCCACGAACUGUUGUUUUUGAGGAUUUGCCAAAAACAUCAACUGGGAAGACUCAAAAAUUUAUCCUCAAGGAGAAGGCCAAGGCCAUGGGGAGCCUUCCAAAGAGCAGAACCAGCAAACUGUAAUGUAUCUUCCACUGGGAUAUAUAUUGUUAUUUGUAAGCUUAUACUGGCAUUUUUUUGAUGCAAUAAAUUUGAUCUUAUUGAUUUAAGUAUUUGAUAAUCGAAUGUAGAUAUGUCCAAUUGACUAUGUACUCAUAAAUUUAUAAUAUAUUGUGGCUGUUGCAAAUUUCUAGCAA